AUGGCUUCCUAUCUCGUAACCGGCUCCUCGCGGGGUCUAGGAUUAGCUCUGGUCGCUCGUCUGGCAAACUUGCCCAAGACUGAAGUGGGAACGAUCAUUGCUACCGCUCGCCAGGACAACUCUGCUCCACUCACAGAGAUUGUGAAUGCUUCAUCGGGUCGAGUGAAGAUGCUCAAGCUGGAUGUCACGGAGAUCGCCAGCGUGGAAGGAGCAGUUAGAGCAGCAGAGCGCAGCCUGCAAGGGAAAGGACUCGAUGUCUUGAUCAACAAUGCGGGACUGAUGGAUUGGUCGCCAACAGGGCUUGAAGGAAUGGACAAUCUCAACGACAUGUUCCACGCCAACGUCACAGCGGCUCAUCUAGUGUCCCGCGCGUUUCUUCCACUUCUUCGGAAAGGGAACAGAAAAACAGUUGUCAACAUAUCGUCAACUCUGGGGUCUAUCACCAUGGCUGAUGCGUUCAAAUCCAUGCCGGUCCCGGCCUAUAAAAUUUCCAAGGCAGCAUUAAGCAUGCUUACCGUGCAGUAUGCUCAUCAAUAUGCAGAUGAUGGCUUCACAUUUCUAGGAAUUAGCCCUGGUUGGCUCCGCACCGAUCUCGGUGGCUCACGGGCAGAUCUCCCUGUUGAAACAGGUGCCGAGAAGGUAGUGGACAUCAUCCAAAAAGCAACCCCCAAGCAGAAUGGAAAGUUUGUGAACAUUCAUGUCCCCGGAUGGAAAGAGGGACAAGGCGCAGACCGCGCAGAUCAGUAUGAUGGGAACGAGAUCCCUUGGUAA